GAGGGCGAGAAUUGGGCGGGGUGUGCGUGCGUGUGUAUGUGUGUGUGCGUGUGUAUGCGUGUGUGUGUGCGUGCAUGUGUGUGUGUUGGGGGUUCUUUGGUGAGUAGGAAGGUUGGAAUAUAGCACAGGGCCAUCUCAUAGGAGAGUAAAAGUAAUACCCUUUGGUCCCAGAAAGAGCCACACUUACCAUUAAAUAGUUCUCUUUAAGAUAAAAAUCCCUUUGUGCAGUUUGUCUAGUUACAUCAGAAAAUAUAAAAGCAUACUAUGCCGGUCAGUAACCAGUCUGAUCUGAGACCCACCCCUGCCCUUGCCCUGCUCUGCUGUACGUAGAACUGCAUUUCCACGACUCUCCUGCCCGUUGGGGGCCUGUAAGAGAUGAGAAGGUGAGAGAAAGCAAGAGCUAGGAUAUUUCUCCGCCCCGCUCUGCUUCUUCUGCCAUCUUCUGCGGGGUCUGUGUCUCCCUGCAUGGUAGGCACCUUCUGCCAUGGCCCCUGAGGACCCCACACUCCUCGUAUCCAUGCUCCUGUAUGAUCCCUUCCCCUUGAGUGUGAGCUGGACAUUUCUAAUGAACAGAGAGUGGCAAGAAUGACAGGAUGUCACGUCCAAGAUUAGGUGAAAAUAAAAGACUGACUUCUGUCUUGUUCACACCUGUUUGCUCUGAUGAAGCCAGCUGCCACGUUGUGAGUUGCCCUGUGGCAAGAAACUGACGGAAACCUGUGGGCAACAGCACAGGAAGAGCUGAGCGCUGCCAACAAUCACUUACAUCAGGUCUUCAGAUGCUGGUAGUCCUGGUCAAUACCUAGGUGACAGCCUCGAGGGGGCCACAGCCUGGGGACCCCACUAUGGCCAGGCCUGGAUUCCUCAUCCAUGGGAACUGUGAGAUAAUACAUGUACUUUUAAGCCAUAAUGUUUGGGGUGAGUAUUUCAAGUUCCCACCAGCAGCUUCUUCCUCUGUUAUCGGCAGAUCGGACAGGGCCUGGGCUCUGGUGGCUUUACCCAUUGUCACUCCUGCCCUGGGGACAGAAGUGGUGUCUGCUCUUGCUAAUUGCUAUGUUGUCUCCCUGUCUUCUGUUUAGGUUUUCAGGUCCCUUAUCUCCUGUAUAAUGUCCCACCCUGAAUAGUUUUUGUUUUUCUAGGUGAAUCCUGACUGAAGAGGUUACAGCUCACGAAUGUGGUGAAAUGCCUCUCUUUUGCAUCCAUGAGGCUUUUUCUAUUUCCAUAAAAGUCAGAGGCUUGAAGGUGCUAGGCCAGGGUUUGUAUCCCAGUAGGAGUGAGUCCCAUGGUAUACAGCACCAGAAGCAGUGACUGAGCUGUAGCUGAUUUAUCUUUGGAACCACAGUGCCUAACACAAUGCUUGGCACACAACGGCACACAAAGACUGAUGGAUGUUGAGGUGGCCCCAAACUAGAUAUGAACCAGUUUCACCUGUGAGAUGGACCUGUGGUGUAGCACCACUACCCCCAGGACGGUGCUCAGCAUACAGAAGAAUUCUGCUUCCAGAAAAGGAGGAACUGAAAACUCUGAAGCCAGUCUCAGGAAACACAGCCCUAGCAGCUCUCCCACAGUAAAGCCGGCUCAGGAAAUCCUACGGUGGGACUGGAAGGCUUCUUGCCUGGAACCCCUCCCCAUCGGAUCCGGCUUCUACUGCCGCCGCUGCCCUGUCCACCUGGAGUUUGUGAUUCUCAGCCUGGCGAAGAAUGAUGCCCAGCUGCACGGUCUUUGCACGUGGGUUUAGUUAGAUUCAACAUGACUCUCAGGUAAAGGAGCUGGCCAGAUGUCUUAAGGGAUGCUUUUGAAAAGGACAGAGGUGUUCAAAAUUAUUACAGCAACUGAGAAGCAAGUUGGUUUUGGAGGAACUGUACUCUGAGGAUGUUUGCUUCUAUACAAGUAUAGAAGAAGCCUUUGUAAAUAACAGUGUCAUUGGAUUUACAUCAGUCUUUCCGGCGAGACUUGGAGCUUCCUGCGUCAUCGGUAGACAUGAGUGACCCCAGGCAGUCACAGGAAGAGCAGCAAAAGGUCGGCAGAGCCUCGUCGAAGUUCAAGGGUCCUCCCAGAAUCAUGCAGUCCGAUGAUUAUUUUGCUCGAAAAUUUAAAGCCAUCAAUGGCAACAUGGGACCCACCCCUUCCUUAAAUGCUUCCAGUUCCAAUGAGAACGGUGCUCCGGCUAACGGUACGCCGGCCGUGCCCAAGAUGGGUGUCAGAGCAAGGGUGUCUGAGUGGCCUCCUAAAAAGGACUGCUCCAAGGAGCUGACCUGCAAGGCCCUGUGGGAAAGCCGGUCACAGCCCAGCUAUGAAAGUGUCACGUCCAUUAUGCACAACGGGCAGAACAACCAGAGUGACCGCCAGCAAGAGGAGCCGCUCGACCUCGACUUCGUGGAGGCGAAGUCUACCGUCGGAGACAUCUUCGUUCACUCUCCGCAAAGAGGACUGCACCCCAUAAGACAGAGGAGCAACAGUGAUGUUACCAUCAGUGACAUCGACGCGGAAGACGUCCUAGACCAAAAUGCAGUGAACCCCAAUACCGGGGCCGCCCUGCACCGGGAGUACGGGAGCACGUCUUCCAUCGACCGGCAGGGCCUGUCGGGGGAGAACUUCUUUGCUAUGCUCCGAGGCUACCGGCUAGAGAACUACGACCACAGGGUGAUGGCCCCGUUCGGGUUCCCCGAGUUUUUCCCCUGCGACCCUGCAAUCUCCCCCAGCCUUCACGCCGCAGCACAGAUUUCUAGAGGCGAAUUCGUGCACAUCUCAGGAUUAGACUAUAUGGACAGUGCCCUCCUCCUGGGGAGAGACAGGGACAAGCCUUUCCAACGGAGGUUGAAGUCGGAGUCCAUGGAGACGUCCCUCUUCCGCAAGCUGCGGACCGUGAAAAGUGAGCACGAGACGUUCAAGUUUGCCUCUGAGCUGGAGGACGGGCGUCUGGAGAGGGGCGUCCGCCCUUGGAACUGCCAGCGCUGCUUUGCACAUUAUGACGUCCAGAGCAUCUUGUUUAAUAUCAACGAAGCCAUGGCCACGAGGGCGAACGUGGGGAAGAGGAAAAACAUCACCACCGGGGCCUCGGCGGCAUCCCAGACCCAGAUGCCCAUGGGCCCGACGGGCGGCUGUGACUCCCCGCUGGGGAGCAAAGAGGACCUCAACUCCAAAGAGAACCUGGACACGGACGACGGGGAUGGGAAGAGCAACGACCUGGUCCUCAGCUGUCCCUACUUUCGGAACGAGACAGGCGGGGAGGGCGACCGGAGGAUCGCGCUGUCCAGGGCCAACUCGUCCUCCUUCAGUUCCGGGGAAGGCUGCUCCUUCGAGGCCUCCCUCAGCUCUCACUGCACCAACGCGGGCGUCUCGGUCCUGGAGGUGCCCAGGGAGAACCAGCCAAUCCACAGGGAGAAGGUCAGGCGCUACGUCAUCGAGCACAUCGACCUGGGGGCCUAUUACUACCGCAGGUUCUUCUACGGCAAAGAGCACCAGAACUACUUUGGAAUUGAUGAGAACCUCGGCCCUGUGGCAGUCAGCAUCCGGAGGGAGAAGGUGGAAGACCCCAAGGAGAAAGAAGGGUCCCAGUUCAACUACCGGGUGGCUUUCAGGACGAGCGAGCUGACAACCCUGAGAGGAGCGAUCUUGGAAGAUGCCAUACCCUCUACCGCCAGGCAUGGGACUGCGCGGGGACUCCCUCUCAAAGAAGUCCUGGAGUGCGUCAUUCCAGAGCUGAGCAUCCAGUGCCUGAGGCAGGCCUCGAGCUCGCCCAAGGUCUCAGAGCAGCUGCUCAAGCUUGAUGAGCAAGGGGUGUGUAUCACGUGGGAGACUCUGAGCUUUCAGCACAAGAUCGGGAUCCUGUAUUGCAGAGCCGGCCAGAGCACCGAGGAGGAGAUGUACAACAACGAGACGGCCGGACCAGCUUUUGAAGAAUUCCUCGAUCUGCUGGGCCAGAGGGUGCGGCUGAAAGGAUUUAGUAAAUACCGGGCUCAGCUGGACAAUAAAACUGAUUCUACAGGAACGCAUUCCCUGUACACGACGUACAAAGACUACGAGCUUAUGUUCCAUGUGUGCACCAUGCUCCCACACACGCCCAACAACAGGCAGCAGCUCCUGAGGAAAAGGCACAUAGGAAAUGACAUCGUGACCAUUGUUUUCCAAGAGCCUGGAGCACUUCCUUUUACUCCAAAAAGCAUCCGGUCCCACUUUCAACAUGUCUUUGUCAUAGUCAAAGUGCAUAAUCCGUGCACUGAAAAUGUGUGUUACAGUGUUGGAGUUUCUAGAUCAAAAGAUGUGCCACCGUUUGGUCCACCGAUUCCCAAAGGCGUAACUUUCCCAAAGUCAGCAGUAUUCCGGGACUUCCUUUUAGCCAAAGUAAUCAAUGCAGAAAACGCAGCCCACAAAUCAGAGAAGUUUCGAGCGAUGGCCACUCGGACGAGGCAGGAGUACUUGAAGGACCUGGCGGAGAACUUCGUCACGACCGCCACCGUGGAUACGUCCGCGAAAUUCAGCUUCAUUACCCUGGGUGCCAAGAAGAAGGAGAAAGUAAAGCCCAGGAAGGACGCCCACCUCUUCAGCGUCGGAGCGAUCAUGUGGCACGUUGUGGCGCGGGACUUCGGCCAGUCCUCGGACAUUGAGUGUCUCCUUGGGAUUUCCAACGAGUUCAUAAUGCUGAUCGAGAAGGAUUCCAAGAACGUGGUCUUUAACUGUUCCUGCAGGGAUGUCAUUGGGUGGACAUCUGGGUUAAUGAGUAUCAAAGUGUUUUACGAACGAGGAGAAUGCAUCCUUCUGUCCUCGGUGGACAACUGUGCCGAAGACGUCAGGGAAAUUGUCCAGCGAUUGGGGAUCGUGACCAGGGGCUGCGAGACUGUGGAAAUGACCCUGAGGAGGAACGGGCUGGGCCAGCUGGGCUUCCACGUGAACUUCGAAGGAAUCGUCGCAGACGUGGAACCUUUCGGUUUUGCGUGGAAGGCCGGCCUUCGUCAGGGGAGCCGCCUCGUGGAGAUCUGCAAGGUGGCCGUGGCCACGCUGACGCAUGAGCAGAUGAUCGACCUUCUCCGGACCUCAGUGACUGUGAAGGUGGUCAUCAUCCAGCCCCAUGACGAUGGCUCGCCUCGGAGAGGGUGUUCGGAGCUCUGCCGGAUCCCCAUGGUGGAGUACAAGCUCGACAGCGAGGGCACCCCCUGUGAGUACAAGACCCCCUUCCGGAGGAACACCACAUGGCACCGAGUGCCCACGCCCGCCCUGCAGCCCCUGCCCAGGGCCUCCCCGGUGCCUGGCACGCCUGACAGGCUGCAGUGCCAGCCGCUGCUCCCACAGACCCAGGCCGCCAUCCCACGCAGCACCUCCUUUGACCGGAAGCUGCCCGACGGCACCAGAAGUUCACCCAGCAACCAGUCCUCCUCCAGUGAUCCCGGACCCGGCGGGAGCGGACCCUGGAGACCACAAGCUGGAUACGACGGGUGCCAGUCUCCCCUGCUGCUUGAGCACCAGGGCUCCGGCCCUUUGGAAUGUGAAGGGGCCAGGGAGCGGGAGGACGCCAUGGAAGGAAGCAGACACCCCGAAACCAAGUGGCACGGCCCGCCUCCCAAAGUCCUGAGCUCCUAUAAAGAAAGAGGCCUGCAGAACGAUGGAGGCUGCAAGGAUUCCCCCAAUAAGCUUUCUCACAUUGGAGAGAAAAGCUGCCCCAGCCAUUCCAGCAGCAACACACUCUCCAGCGACACCUCUGGCAACAGCGACGACAAGCACUUUGGGUCCGGGGACCUGAUGGACCCCGAGUUGCCGGGGCUUACGUACAUCAAGGGCGCCUCCACGGACAGUGGCAUCGACACGGCCCCGUGCAUGCCCGCCACGGUCCUCGGCCCCGUGCACCUGGCGGGCAGCAGGUCCCUGGUCCACGGGCAGGCGGAGCAGUGGGCUGACUCGGACAUCCCGGGGCCCGACGACGAGCAGGCCAAGAUGUACGCGGUCCACGGCUAUGUGCCCAGCAUCUCCGCCGGCCAUGCUGCCGACGGCAGCCUGGGCGACCUCAGCGAGAUCUCAUCCCACUCCAGUGGUUCACGCCAUUCAGGAAGCCCCUCAGCUCACGGUUCCAAAAUUAGUGGGUCUCUGGAUACGUCCAAAGUGUACAUCGUGUCUCACAGCAGCAGUCAACAGGCCCCGGGGUCCGUGUCCAAGGCCUACCACCGGCAAGGGGCCAUGAACAAAUAUGUCAUCGGCUGGAAGAAAUCGGAAGAUAGCCCGCCACCCGAGGAACCCGAAGUGGCUGAGUGUCAGGGGCUGUAUGGUGAGAUGGGUCUCCUGUCCACCGCAGCUCAGCAGCAGGCAAUGGUGGGAGAUGAUGUCUCAGAAACUCAGCACGUGCUCUCCAAAGAAGACUUUCUGAAAUUGAUGCUUCCCGACAGCCCCUCAGUGGAGGAGGGGAGGAGAAAGUUUUCGAUCUAUGGGAACCUGUCCCCGCGCCGCUCGCUGUACCGCACCCUCUCGGACGAGAGCAUUUGCAGCCACCGGAGGGGGUCUUCCUUCGGAAGCUCCCGAAGUUCCAUCCUUGACCAGGCCCUGCCCAGCGACAUCCUGUUCAGCACCACCCCGCCCUACCACAGCACCCUGCCACCCCGGACCCAGCCGGCGCCCAGCAUGGGAAGCCUGCGGAAUGAGUUCUGGUUCUCCGAUGGGUCCUUAUCAGAUAAGUCCAAGUGCGCAGAUCCCGGCCUGAUGCCCCUCCCGGACACGGCCACGGGGUUAGAUUGGUCCCACCUCGUGGAUGCUGCCCGGGCGUUUGAAGGUCUUGACUCAGAUGAAGAACUUGGGCUACUCUGUCACCACACGUCCUAUCUAGACCAGAGAGUGGCGUCCUUCUGCACCCUGACAGAUAUGCACCCCGAGCAGGACCUGGAAGGGGCCCAGGAGCUGCCUUUAUGUGUCGAUCCUGGCAGUGGCAAAGAUUUCAUGGACGCCACUGGAGGGCGGUCUCCAUCCACACUGACCGGGAAAGUCAACCAGCUAGAGCUGAUUCUUCGGCAGCUGCAAACCGACCUUCGGAAGGAAAAGCAGGACAAGGCCGUGCUGCAGGCCGAGGUGCAGCAUCUGAGGCAGGACAACCUGCGGCUUCAGGAGGAGUCGCAGACGGCCACGGCCCAGCUGCGCAAGUUCACGGAGUGGUUCUUCAACACCAUCGACAAAAAGCCGUAACCUGAGCGCCGCCCAACCAGGGGCCCCGGGGAAGCCAGGGGUCCCUUCACAGUCGCCAACAUGUGGUUUCUCGCUGUGCUUCCAGCCCACCGUAGCUGUGCUUGCUGUCCCACUCUGUCUAGCACCACGCCCCCAGCAGCACAGGGAGCCGCCGUGUGACCGCGGAGAGCAAUGCUCGUGAAGAUGAAUGUAACGCUGGUGUCGAGAUGAAUGUAAACUCUGGUGUCAGUGUGGCCCUCUGAGGCUCUGCUGAAACGGAGCUCUGCGUGGGCUUCCCUCCUGAGGGACGAGGGUUGGGUUUUAUGUCCUAUAUAUCAGGUGACUUGGUAGAGAUAUUAAAACAAUUGACCAUAGCUUGGGCUUUAGAAUUGUAAAAUAAACAUGAGAACAAAUAAUCAGACAUAUACUUUAAUGUUAAAGGUGCUCUAUUUUUUUGGAUGUACAGUAGUUUUUAUUUCUACAGCCACAUUAUCAUAGCAAUAAGAAAGAGGCAGGGGAAAUAGUUGGAAAAGCCGUGUCGGGAGGGGGACAGAAAAAGCACUGAUGUGUCUAACACGAGUUCAAAUGCAGUUCCUUUAGAGACUUAUUUAUUUGCAGGAGCAAACGGUGCCUGAAUAUUAACAGUGUUCUGAUUAGAAAAAGAAAAGAAAAGAAAAGAUACAUAUGCCUUGUAAAUGGCUCACUGAGUAGUUACUUCAACUCUUAGUUCACUUUUGUAUAGUUAAUGCUCUGUUGAAAAAAAAGAGUCAACCUGCUUACUUACGAGAGCUCCCCUGUGUGCCAUGAGCCAGCGGAAUCGCUUGUACGAUGCCAAAUUUGUUUUAUCUUUGUACAGAAGCUUUGAUGAAGUGUCUUGUAUUUAACACCCUUAUUUAAGCUUAUUUAACCUUAAAUUGUUAAUUUUAUAAACGUUGGUUUCACCUGCACUACUCUGGAGGGCGGUGUAGGUAGCAGCGGGCUCAGCAAAGGCUGAGCUUGCCCAAGCAGAGUGAGGAGUGGGGCAGGACCUUCCUUCUAACAACUGGAUGCUGCUAGUAACAAGUUGUUUGUAUUGCUUUACCAUUUUUAACUGUUCUAUUUGAGAUGAACGUACAUUUUGCUUUUUUAAUAAAUGUUUAAAAGAGUCCACACAAGGAA